AUGCUGAAUAUUCCAAAUGAGAAGGUGCGUGGCCACCAGCGUGUACCAUCGGAUACGAAAGAGUUCCACGAAGCGACGAAACGCGAUGCCCUGAUGCGCCUCAAGAAGGACCUGGACCAUCUGCUGGAGACGGUUGAGGAUUCGCGCAAAACGGGCGUACAAAAGGAAAUGUGCGGUUUCGAGGCACUGUAUCAUCGGUUCCUGCAAGAGGAUGGACCGUCGGUCGAGUGGGAUCGUAUCGAGAAGUUGCCGGAGGGUGCCGUGAAGGACUAUUCGACACUGAAGUUGCCACAGGAAGCGCACAUCCGGGACAUGUUGGACAAGCUGGUCGUGGUGAAGCUGAACGGUGGUCUCGGCACAUCGAUGGGUUGCCAUGGGCCGAAAAGUGUGAUACCGGUGCGCAAUGACUUAACCUUCCUCGACCUAACGGUGCAGCAGAUCGAGCAUUUGAACAAAAAGUACAACGCCAACGUGCCGCUGGUACUGAUGAACUCGUUCAACACGGACGUUGACACGGAGAAGGUCAUCCGCAAGUACAAAGGAUUCCAGGUGCAGAUCUACACAUUUAACCAAAGCUGCUAUCCACGUAUUAGUCGAGACUCGCUGCUGCCCAUUGCGAAGGAUUUUGAUAUCGAGAAUGAUAUCGAUGCAUGGUACCCACCAGGUCACGGCGAUUUCUACCAAUCGUUCCAAAACUCGGGACUGUUGAGGAAGUUUAUCGAGGAGGGUCGCGAGUACUGUUUCCUCUCCAACAUCGACAAUCUCGGUGCGACGGUGGACAUAAAGAUACUGAAUCGUCUAAUUGGUGACGACCAGCAGGGUGAUAAACCGAUCGAAUUUGUGAUGGAAGUGACGGAUAAGACCCGGGCCGACGUGAAAGGUGGUACGCUAAUUAACUACGAGAACAAACUGCGCCUGCUGGAAAUUGCACAGGUGCCGAAAGAGCACGUCGAUGACUUCAAGUCGGUGAAGACGUUCAAGUUCUUCAACACCAAUAACAUCUGGGCCCGGCUCGAAUCGAUCGAACGGGUGCUGAAUGCGAAGACGAUGAACAUGGAGAUUAUCGUCAAUAAUAAAACGCUGGACAAUGGUAUGCGCGUGAUCCAGCUCGAGACGGCCGUCGGUGCGGCAAUGAAGUGUUUCGAUGGUGGCAUCGGUAUUAAUGUGCCACGGUCGCGGUUCCUGCCGGUGAAGAAAACCUCCGACCUGCUGCUUGUAAUGUCCAACCUGUACAGCUUGAAGUAUGGUUCGCUGGUCAUGUCUCCUCAGCGCAUGUUCCCCACCACCCCGCUGGUGAAAUUGGGCGACAAUCAUUUCAGCAAGGUGAAGGAGUUCCUCAGUCGCUUUGCCAAUAUUCCCGAUUUGAUCGAGCUGGAUCAUUUGACCGUGUCGGGGGAUGUUACGUUUGGCCGAGGGGUUUCGUUGCGCGGCACGGUCAUCAUCAUUGCCAAUCAUGGCGAUCGUAUCGAUAUUCCUGCUGGUGCAAUCCUGGAGAACAAGAUCGUUUCCGGCAAUAUGCGUAUUCUGGACCACUAG